GUUCACGUCUCGCGGCCCGCCCGCGCGCCGCCGCCACCACACCACGAACCAGAUGUCUCGAGCCACAGAGCCCGGUAAGAGGAGCAGCGGCCGUGCGACUACGUGACAGCCGUGCACUGCAAGUCAGGGUGCAUCAUCGCAACGUACAGCCCGGCCUUAGCUCGAGCCCCUCCGGGCCGCGCGCCACCAUGGCGCUCCUCGCCGUCGCGCGCCUCCUCCUCGCCGCGGCCUCCCUCGCCGCGGCCCGCGCCGCCGGCGAGGCGUACUACAACGCCAGCGCGUGCCGGCCGUCCGUCCCGUGCGGCGGCAGCGUCGAGGUCCACUACCCGUUCUUCCUCGCCAGCGCGGACAUGGCCAUCGACGCCGACGGGUACACCGCCCACUCCUACUGCGGGUACCCCGGCAUGGCGGUCGCCUGCGACGGCGGCCGCGCGACCCUGUGGCUCGAGGACAGCAACUACACCGUGCUGGCCAUCGACUACGACAAGCACACCGUCACGGUCGCCGACGCGGACGUGCUGGACGGCGGCGGGUGCCCGCGGGUGAAACACAACGUCUCCGUGCCGGUGGAGACCUGGCUCAACCUCUCGACCACCGCCAACGACGACCUCGCCUUCUACUUCGGCUGCGUCUUCACGGCGGCAACCGCGCCGCCGCCGCCCAUCCCUCCGAUCAACUGCAGCGGCUUCCCGAAGCGGGACGGGGUGUCUUACGUGGCAGCGCUGAACGACGUGCCGCCCAAGGCCUUGUGGCCGCGGGCGUGCAAGGAGGUGGUCGUCGCGCCGGUGCUGAAGGAGCUCCUCCUGGGCUCUGACGAUGGGUACCUCCUGCGCCUGAACAGCGACGGGUACGGCAAGCUGCUGGAGCGGGGCUUCCAGCUGACCUGGGACCCGAGCGCCGGGCCGUGCUUCCUGUGCGAGGACUCCGGCGGGCAGUGCAGCUACAACCAGAGCGGCGAGUUCAUCGGCUGCCUGUGCUCCGACGGCCGCGUGCGCAACCCAGCUUGCGAGCUGAAGACAAAGCCGAGGAAAAUAGCACUUACAAUUGCGAGCUCCAUAGCCGCAGGCGUGCUGUUCUUGGUCCUUGCAGUCAUGACGUGCCUGUACAUCCGCAAGAGAAGGCCGUACAAGAUGACCUCGUCCUCCAGGCUCCUCAAGUACACAGCCUCCGGCGGGACGCCGCGUUCCAGGGGCAGCACCGACGACACGGAGUCCGGCAGCGUCCACAGCCCGCACACGCACCACUUCACGUACGAGGAGCUGGAGGAGGCAACCGACAGCUUCAGCGACGCAAUGGAGAUCGGUGACGGCGGCUUCGGCACAGUGUACAAAGGGCAUCUCCGAGACGGGCGCGUGGUGGCCGUGAAGCGGCUGUACAACAACAGCUGCCGGCGCGUGGAGCAGUUCCUCAACGAGGCGGCCAUCCUCUCACGCCUGCGCCACCCGAACCUCGUCCUGUUCUACGGGUGCACGUCCAGCCGCAGCCGCGAGCUGCUGCUGGUGUAUGAGUUCGUGCCCAACGGCACGGUGGCGGACCACCUGCACGGGCACCGCGCGGCGGAGCGCGCGCUGCCGUGGCCGCUCCGCCUGAGCGUCGCCGUCGAGGCGGCCGCGGCGCUCGCGUACCUGCACGCCGUGGAGCCCCCCAUCGUGCACCGCGACGUCAAGACCACCAACAUCCUCCUCGACGCCGGCUUCCACGUCAAGGUCGCCGACUUCGGGCUGUCCCGCCUCUUCCCGCUGGACGUCACGCACGUCUCCACCGCCCCGCAGGGCACCCCGGGGUACGUGGACCCGGAGUACCACCAGUGCUACCAAUUGACGGACCGGAGCGACGUGUACAGCUUCGGCGUGGUGCUCGUGGAGCUCAUCUCGUCCAAGCCCGCCGUGGACGUGACCCGGGACCGCAGCGAGAUCAACCUGGCCGCCAUGGCCGUCAACAAGAUCCGGCAGUGCCAGCUGGAGAAGCUGGUGGACCUGGGGCUCGGGUACGGCUCCGACGAGGCGACGCGGAAGGCGAUGACGAUGGUCGCGGAGCUGGCGUUCCGGUGCCUGCAGCAGAACGGCGAGAUGCGGCCGCCGAUAAAGGAGGUGUUCGACGCCCUGAGGAGCAUCCAGGAGGGCGGGUUCGCGAAGGAGAAGAAGGAAGACGCGCUUGUCGCGUCGCGCUUCCCUAACACCGUGCACGCUCCGUGGGACAGCAUGAGCACAACAACCAGCGUUAGCAGCCAGUGACAGUGAGCACAUAUCAGGGAUCAGAGAGUGCAUGGCCGAAACCUCUGUCAUCAUGGCGUCCCAAUGUUGCGUGCAAUUAAUUUUGUGGAGGGUCCUGAUUGUAUGUAGAUAUUCAUAUUUUUGGCCUUUUGGUUUAUGUGUCUGUAAAUUAUUCAUUUAUGCUUCACUUGCGUAUUUAGAGACAGACUAAAUGUACAUAGGAACUGUGGCCGUUUGUAGG